UGACAUCCCACCGGUGUAUUGACGCCUAGAAGGCUAUACAAGUCAGCGUCUUGUACAACACGCCAUUUAUAAAACCACACUUCUCUAUAAAUAAACGCCAAUAGAUUAACCGUCUAAAAAAACCUCUCGCCUUCUCAUCCAACGAAUAGAAAAAGGCUUCGGACUGAAAAUUCAAUUCGCUGAUCCAUCACCAUCGGACGAAAUGUCGAAGACCGACGAGCCGGCGAUCGGAAUCCCCUAUGCGGCGACCUACCACCAUCAGCAGCAGCAGCAGCGGCAGCAGUUUCAUCAACAACAGUAUUACGCCGGAGAGAACCCGUAUCAGGCCGGAGCGAUCCCCCCGAACGCCGUCGUAGGAGACCCGAAAGGAAUUCCGAUUCAGCAGACGAUCUACAGAGACACGCCUGCUCCGUUCAGCUGCGUUUACUGUGGCAAUUCUGGAGUCACCAACGUCAGAUCAAAACUAAGUUUGGCGGCCUUUGUUGGUUGUAUGAUGCCGAUGAUGCUUGGAGUUUGUUUCCUCUGUCCUUCAAUGGACUGCCUUUGGCAUAAAUAUCACUAUUGCCCGGGCUGCAAUGAGAAGGUCGGUGAUUUUGAGAAGUCUGAUCCUUGUGCAGUGAUGGAUCCUCCACAAUGGGUACAGCAGAGCUUUGCAUUACCUGCAUGAAAUGAUAAGUUCUUAAUUUGCAUUGUUCCUGUACUGUCUCCUUUCUUUGUAUGUGGUUCCUCAUCUGUUUAAUGGAACGUAAAUAACUACCUUCUGUUCAUGCAUAUGGAACUGUCAUUGUUGGAAUGCUUCCAAAUAUGUAAAGACAUUUCAUUCAAACUUUGAAAUAUAUAUCAUAUAGUUUGCUUGUA